AUGGCCAGGCUCACUGGCAGUGCUUCCACAGCCAAGAUGCUAGACAUCAUCAAAGCCCUCUUUGUUGCCUGCUGCCACUCAGAAGCCCGGUACAUCGCCAGGUCCCUGAGCGGACCGCUACGCCUCGGGCUGGCAGAGCAGUCAGGGCUGGUUGCCCUCUCCCAGGCUGUGAGCCUCACGCCCCCAGGCCGAGAAUUCCCACCGGCCGUGGCAGAUGCUGGAAAGGGUAAGGCAGCAGAGGCCCGAAAGACGUGGUUGGAGGAGCAAGGCAUGAUCCUGAAGCAGACGUUCUGUGAGGUGUCUGACCUGGACCGAAUCGUCCCCGUGCUGCUGGAGCAUGGCCUGGAACGUCUGGCGGAGCACUGCAAGCUGAGCGCAGGAAUUCCCCUGAAACCAAUGUUGGCCCAUCCCACGUGGGGCAUCAAUGAGGUUCUGAAACGCUUUAAGGAGGCAGCUUUCACCUGCGAAUACAAAUAUAACGGGCAGAGGGCACAGAUCCAUGCUCUGGAAAGCGGGAAGGUGAAGAUCUUCAGCAGGAGCCAGGAAGACAACACUGGGAGGUACCCGGACAUCAUCAGCCGCAUCCCCAGGAUUAAACUCCCAUUGGUCACAUCCUUCAUCCUGGACACCGAAGCUGUGGCUUGGGACUGGGAAAAUAAGCAGAUCCAGCCAUUGCAAGUGUUCACCACCCGCAAACGCAAGGAGGUGGAUGCGUCUGAGAUCCAGGUGCAGGUGUGUUUGUGCGCCUUCGACCUCAACGACCUCAAUGGAGGGUCCCUGGUACCUGAGCCCCUUUCCCGCCGCCGGCAGCUGCUCCGGGAGAACUUCGUGGAGACAGAGGGGGGGUUCGUCUUCGCCACCUCUCUGGACACCGAGGACGUUGAACAGAUGGCCGAGUUCCUGGGGCAGUCGGUGAAAGACUCCUGCGAGGGGCUAAUGAUGAAGACCCUGGAUGUUGAUGCUACCCAUGAGAUCGCCAAGAGAUCACACGACUGGCUCAAGAUGAAGAAGGACUGCCUCAGUGGCGGAGACACUCUGGACCUGGUGGUGAUCGGCGCCUCCCUGGGCCAGGGGAAGCGUGCGGGCCGAUACGGGGGCUUCCUGCUGGCCCGCUGCGAUGACGACGGUAAGGAGCUGCAGGCCAUAUGCAAGCUUGGAACUGGCUUCAGCGACGACGAGCUAGAGGUGCAGCACCAGAGCCUCCAGGCCCCGGUGCUGCCCAGCCCGCGCCCCUGUGUGCGCAUAGAUGGCGCGGUGACUCCCGACCACUGGCUGGAGCCCAGCGCCGCGUGGGAGGAGAAGUGCGCUGACCUCGCCCUCUCCCCCAUCUACCCUGCUGCUCGGGGCCUGCUGGAUAGUGACAAGGGCAUCUCCCUUCGCUUCCCUCGGUUCAUUCGAGUCCGUGAAGACAAGCAGCCGGAGCAGGCGACCACCAGUGCCCAGGUGGCCUGUUUGUACCGGAAGCAAAGUCAGAUUCAGAACCAGCAAGGCGAGGAGGACCCAGGCUCUGACCCUGAAGAUACCUACUAA